AUGUUGCUUGCGAAUCCAGGGGAAAGGACAGUUAACGGGUUUUUCUCAACCCCGAGGAAAAAUCUCGUUACAGACCUCAUCAAGGAAUAUGAGGAUCUGGGAUACAUGAGACGGGUCUCAGGGCAAUCAGAACCAUCACUGAGCUACUAUCUGCAUCAUCACGGUGUCUUAAGGGAAGACAGCAUCACCACAAAACUCAGGGUCGUCUGCAACGGUUCCAGCAAAACAACAUCAGGAUUAUCACUCAAUGAGAUACUUCAUGCAGGAGGAAAACAGCAAACGGAAGGCUCAGACGUUCUCAUCUGGUUGAGAACUUUUCGAUUAAUCGUCGGAACGGACAUUGUGAAAAUGUUCCGUGAAAUCAAGGUUCAUCAAGAAGAUUGGGAUCUCCAAAGAAUCCUGUGGAACGAUGAGGAGGGGAAAAUCAUCACAUAUCAACUGACAACGGUGACGUAUGGGCAAACGUGUGCACCAUGGUUGGCUCUACGAGUUCUUCAACAACUGGUGGAGGACGAGGGACAUCAAUAUCCACUGGCGGCUGUCUCUCUAACAAAAGGGAGAUACGUCGACGAUAUCUAUGAGGGAGCUGAUUCUGAGGAACAGCUCAAGGAACUCAUCACGCAGCUCAUCAAUCUUUGCAUGGCGGGCGGCAUGCCACUGCAAAAAUGGAUCUCGAAUCAACAAGGAAUCCUACAGGAUCGUCAGUUAUCAACAAAAUCAACAUCGGCGGUCGAAUUCGAGGACAAGCCGGUCAAAGUAUUGGGACUGUGCUGGAAUCCUCAUUCAGACAGCUUCAUCUAUAAAUCAAGGAAGCCAUCAACGGAACAAAUCAACAAAAGGGCAAUCCUCUCAGAGAUCGCCCAGAUUUACGAUCCUCUGGGACUCGGACCGGUGAUCAUCAGGGCGAAAAUCUUCAUCCAAGAGCUGUGGCUUCUCAAAAUUGGUUGGGAUGGUUCACUGCCCUUGAGUCACAUCAAGCGUUGGAAAGAAUUCACGGAGGAAUUCUCAAAUCUGGAUCAAAUAUCAAUCCCACGGUGA